UCUCUCUCCUAAGUCUUGUUCUCUUCUUCUUCUUGAUCGUCAUCAAGAACCAGCAAAAAAAACACGCACAGAGAUUUUGCAGAAUCGAUUGAUCGAAGGGUUUAAUGGCGACAUCGGCUCGUAGAGAGUAUGUGUUCGGUAGAGCGGACGAGGCGACUCACCCUGACUCCAUCAGAGCCACCUUAGCUGAGUUCAUCUCCACUUUUGUCUUCGUCUUCGCAGGGGAAGGCUCUAUCCUUGCUCUCGACAAGUUAUACUGGGACACUGCUGCUCACUCGGGGACGAACACACCUGGUGGACUCGUCCUGGUCGCGCUGGCUCAUGCCUUGGCUCUCUUUGCCGCCGUUUCAGCCGCCAUUAACGUCUCCGGUGGCCACCUGAAUCCAGCCGUCACUUUCGGAGCUCUGAUCGGAGGCAGAAUCUCAGUGAUUCGCGCCAUUUUCUAUUGGAUCGCUCAGCUUCUUGGGGCCAUCCUCGCAUGUCUCUUGCUGAGGCUCGCUACAAACGGCAUGAGACCGGUGGGAUUCCACGUAUCUCAUGGAGUUGGCGAAGUUCAUGGGCUAGUGAUGGAGAUCAUUCUGACAUAUGGUUUGGUUUACACUGUGUAUUCCACGGCCAUUGAUCCGAAGAGGGGAAGCAUCGGGAUCAUAGCUCCGCUAGCCAUCGGGCUCGUGGUGGGGGCUAACAUCCUGGUGGGUGGGCCAUUCGAGGGGGCGUCCAUGAAUCCGGCUCGAGCCUUUGGCCCUGCGUUGGUCGGAUGGAGAUGGAAGAGCCACUGGAUCUACUGGGUCGGACCGUUCAUCGGUGGUGGCCUCGCCGGUCUGGUAUACGAGUAUAUGAUCAUUCCGACCGAACCAGUCCACCACCACAGCACCACUCACCAGCCCUUGGCCCCGGAAGAUUACUAGACAGUUCCGGUUCGUGUUUUCUUGGUCUUGUUCUUGUUCUUGAAUGUAUGAGAAGCACUUGCUUUGCAUAGAACCCUUUUGUUUGUUUGCUCGUGUUUUGUCUGUUAUCUGUUGUAAUUUUGAGUUUGCGAAGCUUAUUUGUACUUACCCUUUGUGAUAACAUCAAUAAAUUCCGAAAGUACCCUUCUUCGUGUUGAA